AGCUCAAACAGGCAUUUGAAACAGAUUUGAGAUGUCAUCUGCAGUUUGUGUGACUUUAUACAGAGUAAACAAAAAAAUGUCUGCAGAUGCAGAUACUUGAGCAUUUUCUUACAUGUUUCUGGGGACAGGGAGGGUAAGAAAAACAAAAGAAAGAUUGCUCAUGAUAAGCCCUAACCAAUUUUACAGAGUAGAUCAUUAAUGAAUGAAAAAUAGUACAAAGAAUCGAGAAGGUCAUGCAAAUCAGUUAAUGAUCAUCUGCUGCUGGAACCUCAUUCAGCGAAGAGAAACAAGGAAACAUAUAACACGUCAACGCUUCCCACAGAUUCCUUCACAGUCCGUCAAAGGUUAAAAACAAUGAAAAGCUUCACAGGUGAUCCGACGACUCGCAAGCGAGUAGAUUUGAGAGGCAGAAUCUCCAAGGAGAGGGAUAGACAGAAGCUUCUGGAGCAGAGGCGCUUGGAGCGCAAUCGCCGCAUCUCUUUGCGCCAGCAGAACUCUGCUGCUGUUAGAAUUCAGAAAUGCUUCAGAGCAAGAAGGGAAGCCGAAGUGGCACGAUUUAGAGUGCGAGAGGAGUUCUAUGGAACCUAUGGGAAACACUGCCAAAAUGUGGACUGGCAUUGUUUUGGCCCAGAGUCAGAGUUCCUCAGGCAAUUGUGUUUCUUUUUCAAUGCAAAAAAUGCUGAUGACUUUUCAGUCCUUGUUGAGACAUGCCGAUCGCUUCUCUAUUUUGUUCAAGAUAGUGGGGAUGUUAUGAGCCUCUUUGCUGGCAUUGACUAUUCAUUGAAUCACACUUUAGUUGAAUAUAGAGUGAAACAGCUGGCAUUUGCUUGUUUGCAGGCUAUAUAUUGGAACAGAAAUAAAUUGAAGGAUCAACUUUUAAUGACUCCCAAGGAGUUUAGCUUAUCAACAACUAUCUUGCUUCAAGCAGUUCUAUUGUUGAUAGAUCCUAAACUUCCAUGGGCUUGUAAGGUUGUUGGUUAUCUUGUUCAUAGACAUGUAUUCACUCUGUUCAGAGAAAUUGUUCUUACAGUUAAGGAAAGUACUCUGGCUCAUGGUUCUCAGGGGAAAAUGUCUUUAUUGGAACAUGUUCUUAUACUUAUAGUAUCUCAUGUUGGCCAAAAGCCAUGUUUAUGCCCAAAUAUUGAUCCACGAUGGAGUUUUUCAUCCCAGAUUCUCACAGUGCCUUUCUUAUGGCAGCUUUUCCCACGCUUGAAAGAGGUCUUCUCAUCUCGGAGCCUGAGUCAGCACUAUAUUAAUCAGAUGGCAUUAUGUGUGCAAAAUCAUGCUAAUGUGCUGCCAAGUGAUGUAGUGCCUGUGUUUCCUGGUUAUGCCUGUCUUCUUGGUAAUAUUUUAGAGACAGCAGCUCUUGCUUUAUCUCAGCCUGAUUGCUCAUUUGAAAUGGGUGUGGACCUUGCAGCUGUGGCAACAUUCUUGUUGGAGGCUCUUCCUCCUAUAAAAUCCUGGAGCAAAGGAGAAGGAGAAAGCAGAGAGAGUUCCAAAUUGGAUGAGGAUGAUAUUAUUCCUGGUGAUGAAGUAGCAACAGUAGUUCUGGAUAGCAAUUUGAAAGAGCAGAUAAUCAAUGCCAUAGAUUCACGCUUUCUUCUGCAAUUGACUAAUGUGUUAUUUGGAGGGAUUUCUGUUGUCCACAGUUCAGAAAAUGAUGGACUGGAUGAUAAAGAGUUGGCAGCUGUUGGUGCUGCUUGUGCUUUUCUUCAUGUCACUUUCUACACUUUACCCGUUGAGCGAAUCAUGACUAUACUAGCUUAUAGAACUGAAAUUGUUCCGGUGCUUUGGAAUUUUAUGAAGCGGUGUCAUCAGAACCAAAAGUGGUUGUCCUUGCCUGCACAGUUUUCAUAUUUGUUUGGAGAUGCACCUGGAUGGCUAUUGCCUCUGGCUGUUUUCUGCCCUGUAUACAAGCACAUGCUUACGAUAGUUGAUAAUGAAGAGUUCUAUGAGCUGGAGAAGCCACUAUUACUAGAUGAUGUUAAAUGUCUAAUUGUGAUUCUGAGACAGGCUUUGUGGCAGCUUCUAUGGGUAAAUCCGACAUCUCAACCUCAUUCAGCUAAAUCUGCAUCCAAUACAUCUUUACAUAAGACACAACCUGUUGGAGUUAUUCAAAAUAGGGUUAGCACUGUAGCUUCCGAGCUCCUCACACAGUUGCAAGAUUGGAACAACAGACGCCAGUUUAUUCUCCCUACUAAUUUCCAUGCCGAUGGGGUUAAUGACUACAUUACUUCUGAAGCUGCAAUAGAAGGGACAAGAGCACAUGACAUAUUGAAGCAGGCACCUUUCUUAAUUCCAUUCACCAAUAGAGUCAAAAUCUUCACUUCACAACUAGCAGCAGUUAGGAAACGGCAUGGGGCACAUGGUGUUUCUGCCAGAAACCGGUUUAGAAUUCGCCGGGAUCAUAUUUUAGAAGAUGCCUAUAGUCAGAUGAGUGCAUUGUCUGAGGAGGAUCUACGAGGAUUGAUUCGAGUAAGUUUUGUCAAUGAGUUUGGAGUUGAGGAGGCUGGUAUUGAUGGUGGUGGAAUUUUCAAAGAUUUUAUGGAGAAUAUCAUUCAGGCAGCAUUUGACAUGCAGUAUGGGUUGUUUAAGGAGACAUCUGAUCACCUUCUCUAUCCAAAUCCUGGAUCUGGAAUGAUUCAUAAACAACAUCUCCAGUUUUUCCAUUUCUUAGGAACUCUUCUUGCAAAGGCCAUGUUCGAAGGGAUUCUUGUUGAUAUACCAUUUGCUACAUUCUUCUUGAGUAAAUUGAAACAAAAAUACAACUAUUUGAACGACUUGCCUUCCUUGGAUCCAGAGUUAUAUCGCCACCUUAUCUUUUUGAAGCAUUAUAAAGGGGACAUAUCUGAGUUGGAGCUCUACUUUGUAAUUGUGAAUAAUGAGUAUGGAGAGCAAACAGAAGAGGAGCUGCUUCCAGGAGGGAGAAACCUAUGUGUUACUAAUGAUAAUGUUAUUACAUAUAUUCAUCUUGUAUCUAACUAUCGUUUGAAUUUCCAGAUACGACAACAGAGUUCUUAUUUCCUCAGGGGAUUUCAGCAGCUCAUGCAGAAAGAUUGGAUUGCUAUGUUUAAUGAGCAUGAAUUGCAGCUUCUGAUAUCAGGUUCACUUGAAAGCUUGGAUGUUGAUGACCUUCGACUGAACACCAAUUAUGGGGGUGGCUAUCAUAGUGAGCACUAUGUCAUUGAUAUGUUUUGGGAAGUCCUUAAAAGCCUUUCCCUGGAAAAUAAGAAGAAAUUUUUGAAGUUUGUGACUGGGUGCUCUCGAGGUCCGCUGCUUGGGUUCAAAUAUCUUGAACCUUUAUUUUGCAUACAAAGGGCUGCUGGCACUCCAACUGAAGAAGCUUUGGAUCGAUUACCCACAUCAGCUACUUGUAUGAACUUGCUGAAGCUCCCACCGUAUAGAAGCAAAGAGCAACUGGAAACAAAACUGCUGUAUGCUAUAAAUGCAGAUGCUGGUUUUGAUUUGAGCUGAUGGACCUGGUUUAUUCAACUAAUAUGAAUUGUUGUAGUCCGUUGCUAAAAUUGAGAACCACGCUACUCACGGACACUAUUACAGUUGAUGUCAAUUCUGUACGCACCUCCAAUUCGCAAGGGGAAGGAACAUAAGGGUUGCAUUGGAGACUAGAGCCCAACUAAUCCAGACCAGGGGCAUGGUAGAGCAGUGUACAGAUAUAAAUGUUCGCAACAUACGCAUGAAGUUCACAUGUAAAUAUUGUGGAUAUAUGCGGUGUUUAUCUACUUUGUGAAUCUUUUACGCGCAGGAAUCUGCUUUGUUUAUCGAUUGAUGCAAUUUACCCAUGCAGAGCCUCUCAAAAGUGGGUAUUUCAUCAAAGGUGUUCUUUUUGUGUAGACUUCGUCCAACUCACAAGAACCUAUUCCUGUAUUGUAUAACCUCGAGCAAAUUGACAAGAACAGAAUAAGGUUUCUAUUCAUACCAUCUACUUUUUGGUUUUAAUUUAUAAUUACGCACCGCAUCAAAGAAUAAUAACUUCACUACGUUUGUUGACUUUAGUUUUUUUUUUUUUUUCUUUUUUUGGUCGGAAGUGGAUAAUGCCCGUUUGAUGUAGCCCAAAAAUGUAUUUUGCAAAUUGCAAAACAUAGACUAGCGGAUGAUAAGGAGUUCUUUGGUGGUAAGGAUUCUUUCAUUUAAUGAUUUGUUUUACAGUUAGAUUGCAAAAUAGUGGAUUCAAAGUAUAAAACUAUCUUUCUUCCACCUUUAUCUACCUCGACUCGUUGGCGAGGCAGCUCGCCUGUGGCUGAUCAAAUCUCCCAUUUACAGAAGAAGGUGAGGCAAUGGUGAAGGUUCGGAUGAACACAGCCGAUAUAUAGAAUAUUUAAUUAAAAUUCUUUGAAAAUUAUGCUUUUACCCAUUGUUUUUUAAAUCUUCUCAGGUUGAUCAUCUAGUAAUAAGGUUAUUUAUAUGAG